AUUUUACAAUGAAUGACAUUAUCAUCAGAAAUCCCACACAGCUGUGAGUAGCUAGGCCUACUUUUAGAGUGUAUAUUUAAGGCCUGAGGGGGUGUGGUAUAUGGCCAAGGCUAAGGGCUGUUCUUAUGCACAACACAACACGGAGUGUCUGGACACAGGUGGUAUAUUGGCUAUAUACCACAAACCCCCGAGGUGCCUUAUUGCUAUUAUAAACUGGUUACAAGUGUAAUUAGAACAGGAAAAAUACAUGUUUUGUCAUACCCCUGGUAUAUGCCUGAUAUACCAUGGUUUUCAGCCAAUUAGCACUCAGGGCUCUACCACCCAGUUUAUAAUUAGAUGUAAGCAACUGGAGACAACUCACCACUCACAUAUAUUUUAGUCAUUUAGCCUAGUCCCCAAUGGCUGGCCAACGCUUGCGUCGCGUGCACCAUGCAGCGCAGGUGGAAAAACAGACAGCGAAUGGACUGGCACAUCGCGGCGCCUGCGCGUAAUGGUGACGAGGUGUCUGUUUAGAGUUCUACCACAAAUCAACAAGAGGAUCGACAUUAAACAAAGGGGAAGAUGAACAAUCGCCUCUCAAAGCAAAUGACAGGAUCAUUUAUGAAAUGGCAACAAAGGAAUGAACAAAAGUCAUGAGUUACACACUGAAGAAAAGAGAGGGAAAUAAACACAAAGUGGAACAACAAGGAAGUGAGAAAGAAAGAGGAAGAGAAACACAUCUAUAGACAGAGGGGCUGUGAGAGCGACCAGUUUACACUGCAGGUUGAGAAACUUCCCACUCCUCGUGGGUUUAACCACUAGGCCUACUAUUAUGACAACUCAUGUUAGUGUGCUAUGAACUCAAAUUCUACUGCUAUUAUUUCUACUAUGGCCACCACUACCACUUCAAGUCUUAGGUGUUUGAAACCUGUCAUAAAACGUGUUAUCUCUAACAGCCAUUGAUUGAGAAGGGGAGUUAACCAGUAUAUUUUCUGAUAGUGCAGUUUGAAUUGGAAUGCCACUCCUUAUCUCUCCCACCCAGCACUCCUUUCUAGUGAUACAGCUACUUUUCAGCCAGUCGCUCUCAAAUACUCAAAGCAAGUAUCAAGAGGGAUAUAAAGGAUAGAGAGGGAGAGAGAGAGCGAGGGGGAGAGAGAAAGAGAGAGAGAGAGGGAGGACAUAUAGAAAAGUAAGACAUAAGAGUCAGAGGAUAGAAAAGGGGUCUCUUUGAAUACAGUCACCCAUUAACCUCACAUUAAUAAGACAACAAGAACAGUCCUUUGAGUGACAGUUAAACAGGCAGCAAGCCAGUCAGUCAGAGCAGGGAGUCAGUUAGUCAGCCAGGCAGGUAGCUAUCAGUCGGUCAGCCAGCAAGCCAGUCAGAGCAAGGACUCAGUCAGCCAGGCAGGUAGCUAGUCAGCCAGCCAGUCAGGCAGUCAGUCUGUUAAUCAGCGAGGAUGCUGGGAUGCGAGGGGGGAGGGGUAGGGUUGCGCUACAGACUGACCCUGGCCACAGGGCUGGUGGAGUGUCUGUGUUUCGCCGGCGUGGUCUUCGGUUGGGCAUCGCUGGUCUUCGUCCUGAAGACAGAUGGAUACUUCGCUGACCUCUGUGUCAAUCUGACUACUGGACCCAACAGUACAGUGGAAACAGACUGUAGUGGACAGGAUGAACAGUUCUCUCUGGUCUUCACCGUCACCUCCUUUAUGAACAACUUCCUCACGCUUCCCAACGGAUUCAUCUUCGACCGCUUCGGCACCAUGGCAACGAGGCUUCUGGGAAUAUGUCUCUACACCACUGGUACACUGAUGGUUGCCUUCUCCAGUUCAGCUCUGUCCAUGCUGCUGUUCCCAGCCCUGUCCUUCAUCGCAGUAGGAGGUAUAUUGUUCCUCAUCACAAACAUACAGGUUGGGAACCUGUUUGGCUCCCAUCGUUCCACCAUCAUCACCCUCUAUAAUGGAGCCUUCGACUCUUCCUCGGCUGUCUUCCUCAUCAUCAAGGUGAUGUAUGAAGGAGGGGUCUCCCUCCGCUCCUCCUUCCUCAUUCUCUCCGUCUGCAGUGUCAUCCACCUCCUCAGGACGUUCUUCCUCAUGCCCAACACCCACAUUCCCUACCCACUCCCUGAGGGCUUCACCUAUGGCGUGAACCCUGGAAAGUCCAACAGCUACAACGUAGAGGAGUUUGAGAAGACUCGAGAGACGGGGAUGACAUCAGAGGGGGAGGGGCCAGCGGAGACCGACGACAUGCCCCUACAGUCUGAUGACGGGCAGCAGUCGGAAAACUCUGGGAAAGUGGCCAGUUUCAGGAGCUGUGUGCAGUCGUGGUUCUUCCUGUGGCAUCUGGUGUGGCUGUCUGUCAUGCAGCUGAGACACUACCUCUUCAUCGGAACACUGAACCCCAUGCUCAACCGGCUGGCCGACAACGACUCAGCCCUGGUGAGUCAGUACACCAAUGCCUUUGCCUUCACCCAGCUGUUUGGGGUCCUCUGUGCUCCCUGGAACGGCCUCAUCAUGGACAGACACAAGGGGAAGCCACUGGCUCCAGGAGAAACAGGUAAGGAGGCAGACCUGCGCUCCUCCUCUCUCUCCCUCUUCCUCACCUCCCUCCAGUGCCUCCUCUUCUCCAUCUGCGCCUCCUCUCCUCUCCUCCCUCUCCAGUACCUCACCUUCAUCCUGCAGGUCCUCAACCGCUCCUUCCUCUACGGAGGCAACGCAGCCUUCGUCAGCAUCGCUUUUCCUGGGGUCCACUUUGGGAAGUUGUAUGGUUUGGUGAUGUCUCUGUCUGCCGUGGUGUCACUGCUGCAGUACCCCUGUUUCGCCCUGGUCAAAGGAGCCCUAGGUGGAGACCCCUUCUAUGUGAACAUCGCUCUGACUCUCCUCACUCUACUGGCGUUCAUCCAUCCAAUCAACAUCUUCUACCACUGCAGGAAACUGACCAAUCAGAGGGAGGAUAUGGCCGGCGGUGCUGCCAUCACAUUGGCUGAGGCCAAAAUGUAGGGGACAGUACAUGAGGGUCCUGAGCCAAGGGAAACAGGAAAUGUCUUAUUUCUAAUUGUUUAAAGGGAAUAAGUGAAAAUGUAAAAUAAUAAUAAAAUAUUUUUUAUACUUAUGUUUUACAGUAAUCCCAUAUUUUCCAUCAGUAUGUUUUGUUGGAUAGUUUUCAAUAAAAUGUAUUAUCCAUUA